AUGUCCUAUCUAGGAGUGUAUAGGUACUGUCGCAAUGCCAAAAGCAUGUUGCGGGAAGGGUAUCAAAAGCACAAGGUGUUCCGCGUACCCAUGCUAGACAGAUGGAUCGUCAUAGUCAGCGGACCAGACAUGAACGAGGAACUGCGUAAGUAUCCAGACACGCACGUGUCGUUCCAGGUCGCGGCCGAUGAGCUUUUUCAGACGAAGUACACCAUCGCACCGAACGUUCAAGAGCAUCCUAUUCAUCUUCCCGUUAUUCGUGGACCACUUACGCGCAACCUCAAUGUGGUCUUCGGGGAUGUUGUCGACGAGAUCCAUACCGCCUUUCAUGACGUCGUGCCUGUUCGCGACAAUGAGUGGAUCAAAGUCCAUGCAAUCACAACUAUGGCAAAAAUAGUGUCUCGAGCAAGCAACCGCGUUUUUGUUGGCCUUCCGUUAUGCCGCAAUCCUGAAUAUUUAGAUGCAGUGGUCAAUUUCGCGUUUGAUGUCACCAGAGGGCAUGUUAUCUUGUCGCUUGUUCCAUUCCUAUUUAAAGGCAUUGUUGGACGUGUUCUACCUUGGUCAAAGAGGGCGUUCCGCCGAGCGUCCACUUUCUUAAAUCCAAUGAUCGAAGAGCGGCAGCGAAAGCUUCGAGAAUUUGGUGAUGGUUGGGAUGACAAGCCUAAUGAUCUACUUAUGUGGCUUAUAGAAGAAGCAAAUAAAAUCGGAGAGACGACUGACCUUGUCGUGCAAGGAUUACUUCUAUCAAACUUCGCGGCCAUUGAUACCUCAAGUCAGAGUAUCACACACGCCCUGUACCAUCUCGCGGCCAAUCCUGAGUAUGCAAAACCGCUGCGCGAAGAGGUUGAAUACAUCAUCAAAGAACACGGCUGGACGAAAGGAGCGAUGGGAAAAAUGUGCAAACUUGACAGCUUCAUGCGCGAGUCGCAGCGCCUAGAUGGAAUUACUGCGUUAACUGUAAUGCGCAAGGCGCUCCAAAGCCUCACUCUCUCCAAUGGGACAUACAUCCCGGCCGGCACAAUUGUGUCUGCGACAGCCCAGUCGACCCAUUCUGACGGUGAAAUCUAUGAUCGCCCAGAGGAAUUCGAUGCCUUUCGUUUCUCCAACAAGCGUGAAGACGGGACAGAAGGCCUGAAGCAUCAAUAUGUAACCACGUCGCCGGAGUUUGUUGCGUUCGGACAUGGAAAACAUGCAUGCCCUGGCCGCUUUUUUGCGGUGAAUGAGCUGAAAGUAAUGAUGGCGUACAUGCUCUUAAACUUUGAUAUUAAGUUUGAGCAUGGGCGCGGGCGUCCAGAAAAUCUGAACGUCUGGCAAACCGUGAUGCCAGCCCCUGAUGUGAAUCUGAUGUUCAAAAAACGCCUGGGGGUAUGA